CUCAGCUUGCUUCUGGCCGCAAAAUGAACCAAAUUGUUUGCCUUAGGAUAUCUUCAUGUAUGUCGACAGCAGAUUUCAUUACGGCUAUCUCGUUAGUGCUGACAAUUUUGAUCUUUCCCACGUGAACAACGAAUUGUACCAAGUGGAAGAAAACCGAUACCACUUUGAGCAGAGAUACUUGCAUGAAAAUUACUCACUUUAUUUGCAGCCUAAUCAAACUCUCAACCAGCCUUGCCCUGAUGUGUAUUGGUUCCCAUUAUUCAAACCCAGAUUUUGUCAAGAGCUUGUGGCUGAGGCAGAGGCAAAUGGUUCUUGGGUAACUGGAGCUUACAACGAUCCAGUUCCGACUCAAGACAUUCACAUGGAGUACAUUGGUCUCGGCGAGAUGUGGGAUCUGAUGCUGAAAGAGUAUAUUUUGCCUCUUGUGUCUGGUGUCUUUACCGGAUAUGAGGAUACGCCGCACUGCCCACACAAGUUUGUGGUUCGCUACCGGCCUGACCAGCAAGCAUUUCUGCGUCCCCACCAUGACACAGCGACCUACACAAUCAACCUGGCACUCAACAAUGCCAAAAUUGAUUAUGAGGGCGGUGGGUGCCGAUUCAUCAGGUACAACUGCUCCGUUCAAGAUACGAGAAUUGGCUGGAUUUUGAUGCACCCUGGCAGGUUGACUCACUACCACGAAGGCCUGCCUGUUUCCAAAGGCACUAGAUACAUUUUGGUUUCCUUUGUUGACCCUUGAAGAGUCACGCAUUUGACCAUUUGGUUAUUAAUUUCAUUUUAAAACAAAAGAGAGAUAUUCAUAUGAUUUUUUUUUUAAACAAAGAGUAGUAAUGGCAAGGUUUUGUCAAAACGCCUUUUAAUUUUAUAGGAUACUGUGCCGCCUAGCAUGCGUGCUCUCCAGGAUGUAUAAAAAGAAGCAAAUAAAGCUUUUCUUUUCAAUGGA